CAUUGGUCCGCGCAGUCGGGACUCCAGCGGCUAUUCUCUUAGUGCUUAAGGCGCCGACCCACUUCUCUUUCUCUAACCGCUGCCUCGUUGCUUCCGGGGCCCGGAGCUGCCAGCACGAAGGGAUCCGGACUGAACUAGGCUGGGCACGAUGACUACUCUGGAUGAUAAAUUGCUGGGGGAAAAGCUGCAGUACUACUACAGCAGCAGUGAGGAUGAGGACAGCGACUGUGAGGACAAGGACAGAGGCAGGGGUGCCCUCGCCGGCAGUUUGCCUGCAGAAGCCGAGCUGGCCGGCGAAGGCAUCUCAGUUAAUACAGGUCCAAAAGGUGUGAUCAAUGACUGGCGCCGUUUCAAGCAAUUGGAGACAGAGCAAAAGGAAGAGCAGUGCCGGGAGAUGGAAAGGCUGAUCAAGAAGCUGUCAGUGACCUGUAGGUCCCAUCUGGAUGAAGAGGAGGAGCAACAGAAACAGAAGGACCUCCAGGAGAAGAUUAGUGGGAAGAUGACUCUGAAGGACUUUGCCAUGAUGAGUGAGGACCAAGAUGAUGAAGAGUUUCUACAGCAGUACCGGAAACAGAGAAUGGAAGAGAUGCGGCAACAGCUUCACAAGGGGCCCCAAUUCAAGCAGGUUUUUGAGAUCCCCAGUGGAGAAGGGUUUUUAGACAUGAUUGAUAAAGAACAGAAAAGCACCCUCAUCAUGGUCCAUAUUUAUGAGGAUGGCAUUCCAGGGACUGAAGCCAUGAAUGGGUGCAUGAUCUGCCUUGCUGCAGAGUACCCAGCGGUCAAAUUCUGCCGAGUAAAGAGCUCAGUUAUUGGGGCCAGUAGUCGGUUCACCAGGAAUGCCCUUCCUGCCCUGCUGAUCUACAAGGGGGGUGAAUUGAUUGGCAAUUUUGUUCGUGUCACUGACCAGCUAGGAGAAGAUUUUUUUGCUGUGGACCUUGAAGCUUUUCUACAGGAAUUUGGAUUACUCCCAGAAAAGGAAGUCUUGGUGCUGACAUCUGUGCGCAACUCUGCCGCCUGUCACAGUGAGGAUAGUGAUCUGGAAAUAGAUUGAACUGAUAGUCUGGUUGCAUACAUCUCUCAUUGUUUGGGCUGGAAGAUACAUGUCUGUGUGUUUAUUUUUGUUCCUUCCUAUGUUUUCUGGCUUUCCAGCUGUUCUUUGUAGUCUCUUUUAUUAUGUGUAAAGUCAAGAAAUUCUUAGAUUAAAUCAGAAUGCUGAAUCACCUUGUGGCUAGCAAUAAAAUGACUUAAAAUUGUGUAAACAGGAAGCCAGGCUUUUGAACUGUUUACUUAAGAUUCUCUAGCAUGACAUCUCUGUUAUUGUUUCCAGUCAGUAUUUACAUAGCAUCCUUGAAACAGUGUCCUGUAAAUUGUCUUCAGAUGAUCUCAGAGGUCUCUGCCAGGUCGAGAGUAUAAUUCUCUAGUGAAUGUGUUAUUUGCAAUGUAAAUAGUGUGUUUCCUUAAUCAAAUGAUUGCAAAUUAUACUCACUCGUAAUCAGAUCCGUAGCACUAGAAGGCAGUUAAUGUCUCCUCCUAGACCCUGUUCUCUACCAGGGUUUUGUUUAAAGAUUCCAGAUGGUAUAUGUUUUCCCCAUCAAGAGGGGUGACCUCUGCUGCUGGAAUCGACAUGCUGCUCAAACAUUAAGUCUGGAGUAGUAGGAAUGAUCGAUGCUGACUGCCCUCUUGACUCUUAGAGACUGGCUUGACUUAAAAAUUGGAGCUGGGGUGGAAUGGAAAGCCCUUUUAAAGGAGGAUCUUUCAGUAAGAUACUCCUGGUUGUAUCUCUGUUUUGUCUCUUAUUUAACAAGGCAACUGUUUUGUUUAAUAUAGAUUUAUUUUUUAAAUUUCUUUUGGCCUAUUGGAAAAGUAGUUCAUGUUCAAUAGAGGAAAAAUUACCAAAAUAUAAAACAAGGAAAUUAAAAUAAUCUCUAAUCCAACCACCUAGAGUAAAACACUGUUAAUAUUUUGGUAUAUUUCCUGUGUAUGUGUCGAAUGUUUGUUUUUAAACAAAACAAUGGGAUCAUUCUGAACAUACUGUUUUAUAGUAUGUUCAUCUAAUACUGUAUGAAACUUUUUUUCAUGGUAUUAAAUACUUUUCUACAACAUUAUUUUUAGUGGCUAUUGAUAUUCCAUUGUAUACAUGUGCUAUAGUUUGCUAAGUGGUUGUCUCUUAAAAAGAAAAACAGCAAAGAGAUGCUUUUAUUGCAGAAGUAAUAGAUGUUCAUUGUAGAAAAUAUAAUCAAAAUUGAGCUACAAAGAGAUUUAAAAACUUAAAAAUUCCCAAACCAAAACUAAUCCUUGUUGUCAUUUUUACAGAUAUCUUUGUAGUCUUUUAUUUUCUUUGUAUUUAUAAUAGUGAUUGUCAUUUGAAUUUUUCCCCUUGUUUUUUUCCUUUAAAAAUGUACAUUCUGGGGUUGGGGAAAAUAUAACUGGAAUUAAGUACUAGCUUUAAAAUUCACAGUUUUAAUUUUUCCUGACUAUUCAGGAAUUAAAUAUAGCAGAGUUCUACAAAUGGAUUUUGAAAGUAUCUGUUGUAGUUAGUCAACAAAAAGAAAGUACAUGGGUUUUCUGAUUUAAAAGCACUAUAUGCUCGUUGUAGAAGUGUGGAAGGUACAGAAAAUUAUUAGAAACAAUAUCAGCUAUUGUCAGUAUUCUAGUUGUGGUGCAAAUGGUUUAGCACUCAACUACUAGCCAAAAGGUUGGCAGUUGAAACCCACCCACAGGUGCUUCACAAGACAGGCCUGGCAGUCUGCUUCCAAAAGGUCACAGCCUUAAAAACCCUAUGGACCAGUUCUACUCUGCAUAUAUGGGGUUGCCAUGCAUUGGAAUCAGCUCGACAGCAACUAACAACUGCAGUCUUUUUUCAAUAUUUUUAAUAACAUUGAGAGCCUACUGAACUUAGUUCUGUGUCCUGCUUUAGUUAUAUUUAGCAUUAUAUCAUAAACACUUUGUCAUGUUAGAAAAAUUCUAAAUAAAUUUUUUGAUGGCUUCAUAAUAUUUCAUCAUUUGAAUAGACCAUAAUCUAUUUAACCAGUCCCUUAAUAUUGGAUAUUUAGGUUUCCUGUUUUUUGCUAAAACACUUAAUGAACAUCUUUGUAUUUUGGGCUAUAUUUUGGAUCGUUCUCAUAGAAUAGGUUUCUAGAAGAGAAAUUACUGGGCAAAUGAGCAGGAACAUUUUAAAAUAGUUUUUACAAACAGCUGUUCUCACUGAAAAUGUAUUGUGCGUUUAUACAUAGAACCUUGACUUUGCCUUUCAGGAAUAGAAAUUUUAAAAUAAAAGAAACAGACAUGGGAAAAUCCUAGGAUGUUUAAUCCCUAACUCAAGUGUAGUGGAAAUAGCACAGGUUUUGGAGUCAGACAGAUCCAGGUUCAGGUCCUUUCUCUGUCACUCACUAGUGGUGUAGCUUCUGGUGAAUCACCUAGCCUUCCUGAUGCUCAGUUUGCUCAUCUUUAUAAUGGUAGGAAAAAUGCCUGUUUCAUGGGGUUGUUCAGUGACAGUGGUUCUCUACUUGUGGUCUCCAGACCAACAGCAUCAGCAUUACUACGGAACUUGUUAGAAAUGCAGAUUCUCAAGUUUCACCCUAGACCUACUGAAUCAGAAAUUUUGGGUGUGGCCCAGCAAACCGUUUUUACAAGCCCUCCAGGUGAUUCUGAGGCUCAUUGAAGUUCGAGAAUCACUGACCUAUGGGUUAAGAUGAGUGUCUUGGUCAUCUAGUGCUGCUAUAACAGAAAUACCAUAAGUGGAUGGCUUAAAGAGAAAUUUAUUCUCUCACAAUCUAGUAGGCCACAAGUCCAA